AAAUCCAUUACAGCAAUUUUUCAACAAAAAUAUGUCAAAUCUACAUAAAACAACAACUGCGCUGGUGAAGCGCGCCUCUUUUUCGGCUGCUGCUACGGCAAUGCCAAACGCUGUAACCUUGCCCGAGGCGCUAACGCAUGAGCCACCAAGAAUAAAUACACCAAAAGCACCAGCUGUAGAAGCCACCAAAGCAAAGGAGAGGUAUGUGAAACGAGCACAAAAAAAUCAACAAAUAUUCAAAUUUAUAUUUAUUUAUUUUCCUUUAUAUGGCAGCGCUCCGCUAUCGCAUGCACGCCCUUAUACAGCCGUACCGGGUCCCUGGGGUAUGCCAGUGCUGGGCAAUUCAUGGCGCUUUGCGCCGUUAGUUGGCCAAUAUCGCAUACAGGAUUUGGAUAAGGUCAUGAAGGAGUUACACAUCAACUACGGCAAAAUAGUUAAGGUUGGCGGGUUAAUAGGGCACCCGGAUUUGUUGUUUAUCUUCGAUGGUGAUGAAAUUCGUAAUAUUUUCAAAAAAGAAGAAACCAUGCCACACAGACCCUCAAUGCCUUCACUGAAACAUUAUAAGGGGAAACUGCGACGCGAUUUCUUCGGCGACAUCGCCGGACUCAUUGGUGUACAUGGCAAAAACUGGGCGCUAUUCCGUCAAGAGGUACAACAAAUACUACUACAACCGCAAACGGCUAAACAGUAUGUGCCGCCAUUAAAUGAAAUUGCCAGUGAAUUUAUGCAGAGAAUACAUGAAAUGCGCAAUGAAAACCAUGAGCUGCCAGCGAAUUUUCUGCACGAAUUACACAAAUGGGCGUUGGAAUCUGUGGGACGCGUUGCAUUGGACACACGCCUUGGCUGCUUGUCGCCAGAUGGCAGUGAGGAGUCGCAACAAAUCAUAAACGCCAUAAACACUUUUUUCUGGGCCGUGCCUGAAUUGGAGCUGCGUAUGCCACUGUGGCGUUUCUAUCCGACCAAGGCGUAUCGCAGUUUCGUCAAGGCGUUGGAUCAGUUUACCGAAAUUUGCAUGCGAAACAUAAGUCGCACAAUGGAUCGCGAAGAUGCUGCGCUGCCGUUGCAGAAGUCUGCCGGCGCUGAUUCGAUUGUGGGACGCAUUGUGCGCAAAACGGGCAAUCGCAAAUUGGCAGCUGUGCUGGCGUUGGAUUUGUUCUUGGUUGGCGUGGAUACGACCUCCGUUGCCGUUUCGUCGACCAUUUAUCAAUUAGCGAAAAAUCCCGAGAAGCAGCAAAAGCUUUACGAAGAAUUGCGAAGUGUAUUCCCAACGCGUGAAGCAGAUAUCGAUCAAAGCGCUUUGGAGCAAAUACCUUAUUUGAGAGCCUGCAUAAAAGAGACUUUGAGAAUGUAUCCAGUAGUCAUUGCGAAUGGCAGAAGUUUGCAAACAGACGCUGUAAUUGCUGGCUAUCACAUACCCAAAGGUACACAUGUCAUAUUCCCGCAUCUGGUGGUGUCCAAUGAUCCCGCGUAUUUUCCAGAACCGAAACGUUUUCUGCCCGAACGUUGGCUGAAGCGAAGCGAAACGAGUGUAGAAUGCCCACAUGCCGGACGUAAAAUUCAUCCCUUUGUCAGUUUACCGUUUGGCUAUGGCCGACGCAUGUGUGUGGGACGUCGAUUUGCCGAAAUUGAAUUGAAUAUGCUGUUGGCGAAGAUAUUUCGAAAAUACAAAGUGGAGUACAAUUCCGGCGAAUUAGUGUACAAAGUGAAUUCAACCUACAUUCCAGAGUCGCCACUUAAUUUUAAAUUGACGCUAAGGGCUGAGUAACGCACGAGCUGAUUGAUGGAGUGGGGUUGGCAGUAUGCAGACGGACAGACAGGCAGCAGGUUCAACAGCGAUGGUUUAGAAUUUGCCAAAAUCACCAGCCAACGGCAUUGCAGUGCAGCGUAACGGGAGCGUGGGAGCAUAUGAGUUUGCAUUUUCAAUAUUUGCACUGCUAGUUUGUUGCUGUUGUUGUUAUUAUCGUUCAAUAUUAUACUUUAGUCUCGACAAUAUGGAUGUAAUACGUGCUCAGCGCAAAAGCAAAUUAUGCCAAUGCAUUGCAUAAAUUACGGACCUUAUAGUCGUAUCAAAUUUAGUUAUAGAUACAUACGAGUAUACACAUGUAUUAAGUUAUAUAACAUAUUUAUGGCACGUGUAGUAUAAUUUUUUUACAUAUCUAAAAUUAACGCAAAAUCUCAAAAAAAAUACUAAUUAUAAACAAUUUUUAUAAAGUUCAAAAGAUAUAUUAAAAAGCUUUCAAAUUUUUUGUCAAUAGAUGGCGCUAUAUUCUAAAGUUUUGAAAUGGUCGUAAUGUUAUUAUAAAGUUGAUAUAUCCAUGUCUAAUUAACAGCAGAUCACCGCUAUAGCUUUUACAAGUAAGCUCAAAAUAAAAGCUUAAGUCGGGAAGGUGUUUAAGCCGAACCAGAACUACUCGGCUAUAAUAUUGCCGGAAUUUCAGUAGGACAGAUAUGCACCUGAAGCACUACAUUUCCAAAUACUAAAUAUAUUAGCCCCAUUACUCUUUAUAUUCAAAACACUUGGGCUAAACCUAAUGUCUUCCAAAUGCGAUGACUUUUCUGAUCACGUUACUAUUAAAAAUACGUAUUCCCUUAUAAUUAGAGCAUGAAGAGCACACAAUUACAAAAAAAAGUGAUGGGUCGAUACUAUGUUUUCUUACUGUAUACAAAUUUAUUAGUCAUUCAGCCUAAAUAAAAUGGUAAAAAGAUAUUAAAACUUCUCACUUCAAUCGAUUGGUCGUUCGAGUAUUGGUUCAAUCUCGUCAGUUAUUAUCCAUAGAUUACACAAACAUUAUUUUAUGGAGAUGUUGACUUCAGAUCCAUAACAAAAAUAUCUGCUACGAGCUAAAAUUAAGGCCGGUCCACUGUAUUUUCUUCAGGCAUUCAUAAUAAUUCAUAAUUUUGUAAAUUAAAUCCACAUUAUUUCCUGGAGGGAUAUUUCAAAUUCAUACUAGUGAUAACUGUUCAGUUAACUGUACAGAUUGUAAGCGGAAUGGUUCGAAUUAAAGUUACAAAACGGCUUAAAGGCUGAUGAAAUGAACAUAGAGUAGAACGCUGUUAUGUACUCGUAGCUUUGUUCAGUAAAAAUUUCACGCGGAAUUAAAGGAGAUUGCUGUAUUAUCAGUAUCAGGUUUCAAAACAGAAGAAAGAAGAUAUUCUAGUCUAAAAAAAAUUGUUUAUCAGAGUUUCAAAGUUUAAUUAUUCAAGAAUUUGUAUAUAAGAAUAUUUUGCAAAAUUCAAAUUAUGUUCGAAGAUAUAGGUAUUUAGCUGACCCGACAUCCAAUCUGGUUCGGCCGGAACUGUUUUUUUUUUAACGAUACCCACAAUUUCUGAGGUUCUACUGAACCGAAUUACCUGAAAUUUGAUUUGUCUAUGCCUGUAACUAUCCAUAUACUCAAAUUUCAGUUUUUGCUUUUUUUAAAAAAUUCGAAAAAGCCAAAAAAAAAUUUGUACAAAAUUUUGUUUUGUUUUGUAGGCAGGGAAUACUUUUUUUCGUGAAUAAUUUUUUUUCCAACCAGACAUUGCGACUUUAGUCCAGAUUAACAUUUUUUUUUGUGGUUUCAGAUAGCUAAAAGGUUUGAAAUCGUGGGUAUGACCACGUGCCAAAUUCUUGAUACCACCCACUUCAUCAGCUCCUAAUUUUAGAAAUUUUUAACAUUUUUCAGUUUUUGAUUUUACAAUAUUAUUAUGUAUACUAGUCCAGUGGAACAGAUCUACUACUUGGCGGUCUCAAGGAACAAGGAGCUACUUAUGGCUCUAAAUAAAAUUAGAUUGCUAAAAUACGAGUCUUUAAUUGGAUUAUUUCCGAUAUAUAAUAUUUCGGUACUUAUGAUUAUAUGAAAAAUAUGAAAUAAUUUAUGCCCCAACUAUAUAUAUUUAAGUGUAAUCAAUUAGUCGACUAGGUGUAUUUCUGUAUUUGUAAAUCAAAUUAAAUGGUUAUAAAAA